CGGAAGCAGCCGUGCGGAAAAACGAGAAACGUGUUUUCGUACUUCGUGAACAGCGUGUCGGCAAGACGCUCGGGACGCGGAUAGCCAGCAGCAGCAGCAGCAGCAGCAGCAGACGAAGGACAAGUGAUGGAUGAAAGAAUACCGCAUUUACAGGACAGGCAGUUCAUGGAGCACGCAGAUUUCCUGGGGGUGGACUACCCCUCGAUCUACAUGUGCAAAUCCAAAAGAGGAAUAAAACGAGAGGAUGGUGGGAAGGACGCAUACAAGUUGCCACACCGGUUGAUAGAGAAGAAGCGGAGAGACCGAAUCAACGAAUGCAUCGGGCAGCUGAAGGAUUUGCUACCCGAACAUCUGAAGCUGUCGACGCUCGGGCACUUGGAGAAGGCAGUGGUCCUGGAGUUAACGCUGAAGCACUUGAACGCGCUGACUGCCGUCACCGAGCAGCAGCACCAGAAGAUUGUGGCUCUGCAGAACGGGGACCGGUCGAUGAAAUCGUCCAUCCACGCCGAUCUGGACGCGUUCCACUCCGGGUUCCAGGCUUGUGCCAAGGAGGUCCUGCAGUAUCUGAGUCAGUUCGAGAACUGGACGGCGCGAGAGCAGAGGUGCGCGCAGCUCAUCGGCCACCUCCACAAGGUGCUGGCGCAGUUCCAGGCGGGCGCGCAGCCGCCACAGCACCAGCUGGCAGCCGGGGACGCACGGCAGGACGGGCAGCGAGCCGACGGCCAGGCCAACUGUGUGCCGGUCAUCCAGAGGACCCAGGGCGGGGAGCUGAACGAGAACGACACAGACACUGACAGUGGAUACGGGGGCGAGGCCGAGAAGGGCGACGGCAAAGACAAAGAGUGCGCGCGCGAUAAGGCGCAGGGACCCAAGGCGGUGAAGAUCAAGCAAGAGUUUGGAGACGAGCGCGCGGCCAAGAAGCCCAAGAUGACCUGGUCUGGGAGCGGGCUGGGGGCCGCGGACGCCACCAGGCCCCAGGCGCUGAUGAACUCUUUGAUGGGAAUAAGCGGCGUGGGACAGCAGACGCCGAUCUGCAUGCCUUUUUACUUCAUCAACCCCUCAGCCGCGGCGUCCUACAUGCCUUUGUUCGACAAAGGCAACAUUGACAAGUACAUGUACCCGGCGGCGGCGGCGGCGGCCGCGCUCGCCUCCCCGUUCCCCUGGCUGUACCCCGCGCAGGCGGCCGCCGCUGCCGCCGCCGCCGCCGCCGCGUUCCCCGGCUUGUCCGCGCACUUUGGCGCGUCGCCGCCGUGCCACGACGCCCCCUCCCCGGACAGAGACGGCUCUCACGACGCGGAGACGGGCGACGAGCGCGACGAGAGUCUCGCGAGCGACGACGACGGCGAAGGCGAAGGCGACGCGGCCGCGGAGAACAAGCGCUCCCCCCGCGACCACUUCUCCGCUUGUGACGCGAGCUAGUCCGCCCGCGUCGACCGCUCUCUGUGCAUUCUGCUGAGGGAAUGUGUGUGUGUGUGUGUGUGUGUGUGUGUGUGUGUGUAGAAGUUGUCUCGGUCGGAACGGGGGACACUGGCUGUGCCUUUUGCACUCGAGACAGAUGAAACAGUCUGAACGAUUGUCGACGACGAUCGACUCACACGACGGUGUUGUGCUGGAGUUAGGGUUUUUUUUAAUCCUCUUUGAUAAACAAUAUUUUCAAAUGGCAGCAUUGGUGCCAACAUCUUUGAGUACUUGGACAGUGCGCAGUAUCCCAAUCAAGCGAGUCUCUCUCUCUUUUUUCUUUUCAAUGUAUGAAGUUACAACUGACCUCUGCCAAGGUUAUUAGGAGCCUGGCUGACUCUGACUGUAAAUAUUACGAAUACAGUCUGAUUCGUUAACAGAACGCAAAUGGGCACUGAACGGGCCUAUUAGAGAAGUGCUCCUGGAAGUGACCGCUGACAGGACGUCAUCCCAAACUUUGCACGGGAUAGGCUCUGUCCCUCCUGAUCUCUCUCUCUCUCUCACACACACACACACACACACACACACACACACACACACUGUAAAUCCCCUGAAUGAGGCACUUCUGCACAGAGGUGCAGUGGCCUGUACCUCCAGGAUAGAGGAGACCUUUAGAGAUCUUUGAUAUUGAAUGUAGGACGAUCUUUACUCUUUGAGAUGUAAAGUGCACUUUUCUCAGCUUUGAGCCCCCCCCCCCCCCCCCCCAACAGACAGCUUACUUUUUUUCAGAGUCAAUCACUGUAGUUCUCUUUGAACCUUUCUAUUGUAUUGAAUUGUCUUGAAAAUGAAUGUCACUUCAAUUCACAAGAAGGAGCAGAGUUGUACCAGACGCUUUGCCAUGAUUUCAUGAAGUAAAAGGGGCGAUGAAGUAUUUUUUACACAACAUUACUCAUUUCUAAAUCUUUUAAGGAAAAAGUAUUCAAUUCACAAUCGGAUGUGAAAACUCCUCGACGCCCCAUCACACACCAGACGGUCCCUGAUUCUGUGUUGUAUACUAUCGCUACAUAAAACCUCACUUUUAAAAUAUUUGACAAAGGUGGGAAAGAAUCAUGUGGCCAUCAGUUAUGGUUAUUGCUGUUUUGGGAACUUUAUCUUUAUCUUGGCCUAUUUUCUAAGAGAUUAAUUCCUGCAAGUGUAUUGUCGUUCAGCUUUUCCCCCCCGAGGUUUCACACGUGACAGAAUAAACUGAUCAUUUUCAAUGUAUUUUGCAUACAUGACAUUGCUUUUGUAGUUUUCUUCAGAUGUUUUCCCCCAAAUCUGUUGUCAAACUGUUAUCUGAAAUGGCAUGUGCGUCUGUAAAUAGUUUUUUUUUUGUGUGAAUAUACCAUAAAAUAUACAUGUCAAUGUCAAUGUUGUAGAAGUCUAUGGAUUUUUUAAAAAGAUAUAUACCUGAGCAACUGUUGCACAUUUCGUUAACGCUUUACACAUAUGCUGUUCUAAAUUAUUGCUGAUGAGUUGUAAAAUAAACCUCAAAACCAAACUCUA